UUCCUCCAAGCCCUAGCUUGUUCACGUAUUUCCACUCCCCCACUCUUUCUUUCGGUCUCUCUCUCUCUCUCUCUCUCGGUUUUAUAGACACGAAGCCAGCCACAUUCGGCCCGAACCCCCUUCGGCUUCCACGACACCAAACAGCGGGAGUGAACCCUACGUCUAUACGCGAUUCGACUUCCACUACUUCCGCGAUUCCAGACGAUCAUAGCACACCGAACGUUUCUUUGUUUCCCUCGUCUCAUUCGGCUUCCACAAAGUCUCUUCGGUUCUAGGCGACGCAAAAAAGCUCUUCCGAUUCCAGGAAAUAGAAGCUGCUUCGUCUUCCUUGUUUCAGAAUUUUUGGAGCAUCACUCAUAUAUCAUAAGGAUAUUGCUUGGGAUGAGGAAUAUUUAUUACAUUUACUGAGAUAUUGAGGCUAGAAUUUUCUAGCAGAUUGCCAUAACUUGAAUUUGAAUAGUUGUCUAAGGAGAGGUUUUUGAGAAGGAAGAUUAGGGGAAAGAGCAACUGGCGUGAAGAACAUAUUAACCAGUUUCGUUGGCAACAUUAUUGUCGAGGGAAAAGGAAUAAGAUGAAGUUCCAUAUUGAAGAGGUUGCAGUAUAUUUCCCUUACGAUCACAUCUACCCUGAGCAGUAUGAGUACAUGGUUGAGCUAAAACGUGCUUUGGAUGCUCGAGGCCAUUGCUUGUUGGAGAUGCCAACAGGCACAGGAAAAACUAUUGCCCUCCUAUCGCUCAUUACUUCAUAUGCUCUUGCACACCCUUCCUCUCCCCUUAAGCUUGUCUACUGUACUCGGACAGUUCAUGAGAUGGAAAAGACUCUUGCUGAGCUACGAGUUUUGUACUCCUACCUACCCCCUUCUUCAUCUCUCCUUGCUCUCGGAUUGUCCUCUCGUAAGAAUCUUUGUAUAAACCCUGAUGUCCUCUCAGCUUCCUCUCGGGACUCUAUUGAUUCAUCAUGUCGUCGCCUCACUGCUAGUUGGGUUCGUGCGCUUGCUGCUGAUAGGGAGCAAUCUAGUAGGGGAGAGUCAUUGCAGCCCUCAGGUGCUAUCCCUACUUGCCCCUUUUUUGAGUCUUAUGACAAGGCCUCUCGUGAUGCUAUUCUACUUCCCUCAGGAGUUUACACUCUUGAGGACCUCCGUGCAUUUGGUCGUGAUCGUAAAUGGUGCCCUUACUUCCUUGCUCGCAACAUGAUCCAAUAUGCCAAUAUUGUUGUGUAUAGUUAUCAAUACUUGCUUGAUCCUAAGGUUGCCAACAUCAUCUCCAAAGAAAUGCAAAGGGAGUGUGUUGUUGUUUUUGAUGAGGCUCACAACAUUGACAAUGUCUGCAUUGAGGCUCUUAGUGUAAGCAUUCGAAGACAAACUCUUGAUGGGGCCACUAGGAACCUCAACCGCAUUGCUCAAGUGAUUGACAAGUUCAAGGCCACGGAUGCUGGUCGGUUGCGGGAAGAGUACAACAGGCUGGUUGAAGGUUUGGCACAAAGAGGAAACCUACCUAUGACUGAUACUUGGCUUGCAAAUCCUGCCUUGCCUGAUGAUAUUUUAAAGGAGGCCGUGCCUGGAAAUAUUCGAAGAGCAGAGCAUUUUUUAGCUGUCUUAAGAAGGCUGGUGCAAUAUUUGAAGGGUCGUUUGCAAGUUGAGAGCGUGGAGACAGAAGUACCUGUCGCUUUUGUUGCUUCAAUAAAUGCACAAGCUGGAAUUGAUCAGAAAAUGCUGAAAUUCUGCUAUGACAGGCUGUAUUCGCUAAUGCUUACUCUUGAAAUUACUGAGACAGAUGAGUUUCUACACAUUCAAACUGUUUGUGAUUUUGCAACUUUGGUUGGUACAUAUACAAGGGGUUUUUCUAUAAUUAUUGAACCUUUUGAUGAGAGAAUGCCUCACAUACCAGACCCUAUCUUACAGCUUAGUUGUCAUGACGCAUCACUUGCCAUAAAGCCUGUAUUUGAUCGUUUCCAGUCAGUUAUAAUUACAUCUGGAACUUUAAGCCCUAUUGAUCUCUAUCCUCGACUUUUGAAUUUUAAUCCUGUCAUAAGUCGGAGUUUUACAAUGUCCUUGACCCGUGAUUGUAUAUGUCCGAUGGUUCUAACACGAGGGAGUGACCAGUUACCAGUGAGUACGAAAUUUGAUAUGCGCAGUGAUCCUGGUGUUGUGAGGAACUACGGACGGCUCUUAUUGGAAAUGGUUGCUGCCGUCCCAGAUGGCAUUGUCUGUUUCUUUGUUAGUUACUCCUAUAUGGAUGGCAUUGUGAACAGUUGGAACGAAAUGGGCAUUUUACAGGAUAUCAUGCAGCAUAAGCUUGUAUUUAUUGAAACUCAGGAUGUAGUGGAGACUACUUUAGCUCUUGAUAACUACCGAAGGGCAUGUGAUUGUGGUAGAGGUGCUGUUUUCUUUUCUAUAGCCAGGGGUAAAGUGGCCGAAGGCAUUGAUUUUGAUAAACAUUAUGGUAGACUUGUGAUCAUGUUUGGUGUCCCUUUCCAAUAUACUCUUAGCAGAAUCCUGAUUGCUCGGUUAGAGUAUUUGCGUGACACAUUUCAAAUAAAGGAGGGUGAUUUCCUGACAUUCGAUGCUUUGAGGCAAGCCGCUCAAUGUGUUGGCCGUGUAAUUCGCUCAAAAGCAGACUAUGGAAUGAUGAUAUUUGCUGAUAAAAGGUACUAUCCUGUAUGUACUAUUUUCCUAACUAAGUUUUGCAUCGUAUUACCAAUUUCUAAUAUCCUGAUGAAGAAUGUUCCAACUAUUAUUUCAACCCAUCAGUCAAUGUCAAAAGAUAUUAUAAAUUUUGACCCUAGCAUGGGGUGUUUGUUAUCAUUUAUGCUAUAGUCAAGAUUCCUCUUAUUAAUUAUUCUUGUCUGUUACUCAAUGUUGAAUUUUGUGACUUGUUCUGAUGACGGGGAAAAUUAUUUCAUUCAUUCAGUUAUCAAAAUACACAUCUUAUACCUCUAUUUAUAGAAAUAUAGUUAUAUGGAUAAGAACAAACUUUUAAAUGCAAUUCAAAUCUAUUAUUACCAAAGAGAAGAUAAAUCUUAAUAAAUAAUUAAAAUUAGAAUAUUAUGAAGAUUUUUAUCAUAAUUAAAAAAUGGUGUAAAACGACUGAAAAAUGGGUCUAAAUUUUUUUUGGCCUAGUUUGACUUCUAGUAAUUUACCUUUGGCCAAUUUGGCUUUUGUGGAUUGAUUUGGCCUAUUUGAAGGGCCAUGCUAAAUCAACUCCCUCAAGGUACAAAAAAAUCUCCUCCAGAGGAUUUAGAUUGAUGUUUCCAUUCGAAAGUUUAAGUUUUAGCUUUUACAGCUCCAUCUGUGUAUCAUCUAAUGGAUGCCUGGCUUUUUACGAUAAUUUUUGCUCAAUAUUU